AUGGCGCAACAUCAACCGGCCAAACAUCAAUCCAUCGAAUUCAUAGUAGCAACAUCUACUUCAUCUCUUAGUAGAAAACAACAACGAACUAUUCGCAGUCAUGCAUCUCGGGGAAGGAAUAAAAAGCGACAGCGUCCACAACUCAGAUCCUGGAUUCUACAACAAAAUGGUUGUCCAUCAUUAGUAGAUGACCAAUAUACUUCAAUACCUCCGCGAGUUGGCUGGGAUCUUUCUUUUUUCGACUUUCCUAUAGAGAUUCAGCCUUAUAUGCAAGGUGAUCUGUCUUUAGCUUUGUCUCCGUUGAGAGAAGCUUUAUAUCCUCCGGAAAUCUGCUUACAGGUGGACCCUGCGUCUAGUUCCUGGACCACGGCACUUCUUACUGAUUCAGUAUACUUACACUGCACGCUAUUUUCAGUUGAGGCAUAUCUUGAGGCAUGCCUUCAAAAAUCUCAAGGCCCACUUACGCACUUCUAUUUCCAAAAGACAAUCCGACUCCUGCAAGACAGAUUAGAUAGACCUGACGACCCGCAAACGAUUUCAGAUCCCACUAUAAUGGUAGUAUCCGUUUUAGGAUUGACAGCAGAGGUAACUGGAGAUUCUAUGGCUGCAAAGAAGCACAUGGAGGGGCUGCGAAGAAUGGUUGAUCUGCGAGGAGGGCUUGAGAUGCUGCGAUUUGACAAUGCUCGACUACCCGCCAAGGUUUGCCGCAUUGAUCUCGUGCUAGCUCUUAGAUUUGGGAUCGAACCAGUUUUCUUCAACAGUACAGUACCCUGGAGGUCAUUUGUUGACCAUGGUCUAAUUGGAAAGAGUAAAGGGGCUUUAGCAAAUAAUGAAGAAGUUUCAAGGAUCUUGAGUACUCUUGAUAAGAGACUGACGAAUAUUUGGAACGACUUGAAGGAGUUUUCUCAAAUCUGCAACCUUGCAUCCCAAACAGCUCAUAAGCUCUCGCCAAAUAUUUUCAGCGAAAUUAUGAUUUCGAUUUACUAUCGACUAUUAAGUCUUAAAUUUAAAGAUGACCCGGCUGCAGAAGCCAUUCGCGUCGCGAUGAUGGCCUUUGGGGCAGGUAUAUUUUUCCAAUGGAGGGGCAUCAAACAGCGACUGGCAUACCUCGACAGUCUUUCGCAAUCGUCUCUUUCAAAUUUGAAGGAAUCACAAAUCCGACUGCCUCCUCUUUUUAUCCUAUGGCUAUUGGUGGUUCAGAUUUCCGCAUUUGCACAGCUGCCACCUAUCAACCAUUUAAGACUAUGGGUUGAUGAUGCUGUUUCACAAUUGCGCAUUUCCAAUUGGAAACAAGGUCGCCAAAUGUUAAAAUCGGUGAUGUGGAUUGACUAUUGCCAUGAUAAAUUGCUUGAUGAAGUAUGGCUAGUAAACGCUUUAAAUUCCGAUGGUUAUCAUUAAAGCUGGGUAAUAUUAAUUUAACUACCUUAGAAUAGCCUAUUAAAACAGUUAGAAUGCCU